AAGGGAGAUUCUUGCAAAUGUUGAGUCAAUUUAUGCUCUUGUGAACAACGCAGGAAUUUUCUAUGCUUCUCCGGGGAAUACUGUUGAUGGAUUUGAUGAAACUUUCCAAGUAAACUACCUCAGUGUCUUCCUCCUAACACUCCUACUCUUGCCUGCCCUUCGACGGCAUAGAGAUCCCGCGAGGAUUGUAAACGUUGGGUCUGAAGCUCAUUUACGUACUUGGCUCUUCCCUCAACCUGAAUACCACAGAGAAUUCGAAGAUUGCCCCGAAGAUCGUUUCCGGGCGUAUUUUUACAGCAAAUACUGCUUAACAAUCUUCAGUUGGAGACUCGCAGCUCUCACUGAGCACUCAAACAUUUCCGUGCAUUGCGUUGAUCCUGGAAAUACCGAAACGUCCAUCUACAGGACCUUCCCACCGCUCUCGAAUAAAUUCUCCAAGUGGCUGCAAAAGCCAGUGAGGAUAUUUGUGGUGAAAACUCCCCACGAAGGAGCUCAGAGCAUCCUACACGCUGUUCUCACUCCGGAAGUGCCCCCAUUCUACAUAAAGAAUCUCAAGGAGGCGGAAUUUCACAGCAGGCUCUCUGAUCCCCUCCUGGGCAUCACACUAUGGCGCAUGAGCAGGAAAAUGUGCGGAAGGCACCUCCCUACAGCAAGUUAGUUCCCAAAAUUUGGACUGAUCCCGAUAGAGGUCUCCAGAAGCUCCUGAUUGAAUUCCGUUUCGUCUCCAUUGUGAAGGCAUCAGAGAUCUCAAGGUGCUGCAUCACCCUGAGCGGCAUUGAGGAUCUCAAUAGGCGCGAGAGUGAGAUCCUCGGCAAGGGGGAUUGUCAGGAAGUGUGGAUUGAAUUGGGAACAGCUAAAACACCCAUUGAUUGCUACAUUGAGAUCUUCCUGCGGGAAAUUCUCAUUGGUGAGAAGAGUCGUUGCUGCAUUGCAACAAAAUCCGGUGAGACCGUCUCCUUCACGAUUAAACUCCUCCAAAUUGACUUCCGGGGAUACCUGUUUGAGCUCCCUGCGCGGGAAGUGGUCACCCUGGCGGAGCGCUACAAACAAAUUGGAGUGGAAAUGUUCAAAAAGUACCCCCUCUUUGCGCAGGACUACUUCAACAAGGCCGCAAAGUGCCUCCUGUCGCUGGGACCCCUUCAGGAGGAGAGUCAGGAACCACCACUUGAUGACGUCACCCCGGAAGAGCUGCAGAAUCUCCUCGAGAGCAUCUACAGCAACAUAGCGGCGUGUUUGCUGAAGCAGAAGCGCUAUGAGGAUGUUCUGUACUUGAUGGAAUUUGCAAAUAGAGCUCAGAAUGUUCCGGAGAAGGCGCUCUACCGCAAAGCUCAAGCUCACAAUGGGCUAAAGCAAUUUGAGGAGGCGAAAGCAACACUUGAGCGACUUGAUCGUGAUAAAAAGGAAGUUCAGGCGCUUUGGGUGAAGAAUCAAACGGAAUGGCGGGUGGAGGAGGAGAAGUACGCAAAAAUGGUUCAGAAAAUGUUUUCUCAGUAGAUUUUUUUGUAGAAUUUUGAAUAAAAUAAAAAUGCUUUGAAGGCUUUAAAACUCAAAAA